AAACAGGAAGCGCUUCUGGACCAGUGUUGUCCAGACCAAUGGUCUAUAUUGUAAUAUUUAUCGUACUUAUAAAUAAAAAGUAUUAAAAACUUAUUUUCCAACUUUGAAAACAAAUUUGUGACGCAUGACGUCACUUAGUUACAAUGUUGAUAGCAACCACGCGUACCGAAUGCCAAACGGAAAUAUGGACGAUCAUUCCGCGGAUGAAGGUACAAGAGCUGAGCCUGAACCGUUGUCUAAUACAACCGAAAUAAAGACAAGCGAUGUGUACAAAGUGGAUAAAAACUUACCGGCUCGCUUUAAUAAUCCGGAGUGUUUCAGAGGAUACAGACAAAAAACGAUAAACCCUUUAUAUCAAACAACAAAUCAAACAUAUGGAAGCAAAAAACCGACAGUUCAUGAGAUGCCGACAACCUUUAGCGGAAGUCGUCGGAAGUUUUCUGAGCAUCUUUUGAAAAGUGGCAUGUACAAGGAUAACGGCUUCAACACCGCGGUGGACAAGAGUCGACUCACCGGACCCAACGGAAUGACCGCGUUUCACGAUAGAAUCAAUUUCCAUUACUUAUACAACACAGAUGGGAAAUUUCAGUAAAAUAACACCUCUUUUUUUAAAUAAUAAUAAACCAGCCAAGCUCAUUUGUGAUGCUAAUUAUGUUUGUUUUUGGGGUGUUUAUAAGUUACUUGACCUCAUGUUGUUCCAAACCUACGGAAGCCUGUUUUCGCCACUGAAUAAAAAAUGUAAAAAUGUUAUUGCUACUGUUUAUCUCACAACCUUUUUUUUCUCUUGGAAUUGUGUGAUAUAAACUCGCAAUUGCGAGUUACAAAGUCAGAACUGCGAUUUGCAGUUUAUAUCAGAAUUAUUUUUUUUCUUUCAGAAUUGUGAGAAAAACUUUGUAAAAACAAUUGCGUUAUAAAGUCCAUUUUGAGAAAAAAAGGUCAGAAGUCUGAGUUUAUACAAACCCGAUUCCAAAAAAGUUGGGACACUGUACAAAUCGUGAAUAAAAUCCGAAUGCAAUGAUGCGGAAGUUCCAAAUUUCAAUAUUUUAUUCAGUAUAGAACGUAGAUGACAUGUCAAAUGUUUAAACUGGGAAAAUGUAUCAUUUUAAGGGAAAAAUAAGUUGAUUUUAAAUUUCAUGGCAUCAACACAUUUCAAAAAAGUUGGGACAAGGCCAUGUUUACCACUGUGAGGCAUCCCCUCUUUUUACAACAGUCUGGGGACUGAGGAGACAAGUUGCUCAAGUUUAGGAAUAGGAAUGUUGUCCCAUUCUUGUCUAAUCCAAGCUUCUAGCUGCUCAACUGUCUUAGGUCUUCUUUGUCGCAUCUUCCUCUUUAUGAUGCGCCAAAUGUUUUCUAUGGGUGAAAGAUCUGGACUGCAGGCUGGCCAUUUCAGUACCUGGAUCCUUCUUCUACGCAGUCAUGAUGUUGUAAUUGAUGCAGUAUGUGGUCUGGCAUUGUCAUGUUGGAAAAUGCAAGGUCUUCCCUGAAAGAGGCGACGUCUGGAUGGGAGCAUAUGUUGUUCUAGAACUUGGAUAUACCUUUCAGCAUUGAUGGUGCCUUUCCAGAUGUGUAAGCUGCCCAUGCCACACGCACUCAUGCAACCCCAUACCAUCAGAGAUGCAGGCUUCUGAACUGAGCGCUGAUAACAACUUGGGGUGUCCUUGUCCUCUUUAGUCCGGAUGACAUGGCGUCCCAGUUUUCCAAAAAGAACUUAAAAUUUUGAUUCGUCUGACCACAGAACAGUUUUCCACUUUGCCACAGUCCAUUUUAAAUGAGCCUUGGCCCAGAGAAAACGCCUGCGCUUCUGGAUCAUGUUUAAAUAUGGCUUCUUUUUUGACCUAUAGACUUUUAGCCGGCAACGGCGAAUGGCACGGUGGAUUGUGUUCACCGGCAAUGUUUUCUGGAAGUAUUCCUGAGCCCAUAUUGUGAUUUCCAUUAUAGUAGCAUUCCUGUUUGUGAUGCAGUGCCGUCUAAGGGCCCGAAGAUCACGGGCAUCCAGUAUGGUUUUCCGGCCUUGACCCUUACGCACAGAGAUUGUUCCAGAUUCUCUGAAUCUGUGGAUGAUAUUAUGCACUGUAGAUGGUGAUAACUUCAAACUCUUUGCAAUUUUUCGCUGAGAAACUCCUUUCUAAUAUUGCUUCACUUUUUUUUGGUGCAGCAUUGGGGAAAUUGGUGAUCCUCUGCCCAUCUUGACCUCUAAGAGACACUGCCACUCUGAGAGGCUCUUUUUAUACCCAAUCAUGUUGCCAAUUGACCUAAUAAGUGGAAAAUUGGUCCUCCAGCUGUUCCUUAUAUUUACAUUUGACUUUUCCAGCCUCUUAUUGCUACCUGUCCCAACUUUUUUGGAAUAUGUCUUGAAAUCCAAAAUGAGCCAAUAUUUGGCCUGAAAUUUCAAAAUGUCUCACUUUCAGCAUUUGAUAUGUUAUCUAUAUUCUAUUGUAAAUAAAAUAUAAGUUUAUGAGAUUUGUAAAUUAUUGCAUUCCUUUUUCAUUCACAGUUUGUACAGUGUCCCAACUUUUUUGGAAUCGGGUUUGUAUUUCGCAAUUGACUAUUUCUCAGAAUAGAGGGUUUCCACUUACCUCACGAUUUGCUCAGUUACUCCGGAUACACAGCCAUAUUGGCGAAACUCAUUGUAAACAACAGCAUGGAUUGCACUGUUAAUGUACUGCUGAAUACAUUGUUCUGCUAAUUUAUGCUGUCUAAAACAUGGAAAACAAUGUGUGAAAGCUGCUAAAUCAUAUGGAGGACUUAGUAAGCAGGAAAGGGCACAAUAUUUUGACAAACUAAAGUUAACAGGUGGUAAAGAUACGUAUGAGCAGUAUUAAUAAGCCAAAUAUUUCACCUACCUGACUGGAAAUGAUAGAAACAAACACAAAUGUUGUCAAGAUUCUUGCCCUGGAAAUCCUAAUUCAGUUUGGCCAAACACAAACACAGAUAGUUUUUUUUUGCACUCUUCUUGAUUUGUUGUAACUUUUGCCAGUCUAUAGUACUCCAUAUGUUUUUCCUGGUCUGACUGAUUAGUACAGCCCAAAACAUAAAAUAAUUGACCAUUUUCAGCAGCAAUAAUCAGCUAAACAUGCACGUUUUGUUUGAUUCAGUGGCACAGUAAUAGAGCCAGAAUUGUGAGAUAUAAAGUCACAAUUCUUUUUUUCUCAGAAUUGCAUGAUAUAACUAACAACUGCGAGAAAUAAAGUCAGAAUUGCUAUUCUGACUCUUUUCUCGUAAAUGCGAGUUUGUACCUCACAAUUCUGACUUUUUUUCUCAGAACUGUGAGAUUUAAACUCACAAUUGCAUGUUAUAAAGUCAAAUUGUGAGUUAGUCACAAUUCUGAGAAAAAAAAAGGUCAGAAUUGUAAGUUUAUAUCUCACAAUUCCUGACUUUUUUCUCCAAUUACAAGUUUGCAUCUCGCAAUUCUGACUUUUUUUGCUCAGAACCGAGAUUUAAACUCACAAUUGCAAGAUAUAAUCAAUUCUGAGGAAAAAAGGUCAGAAUUCCAAGUUUGUCUGUCAAUACUGACUUUAUAACUCGAAGUUGCUUUAUAACUCAGAACUGCGAGUUUAUAUCUCACACUUCUGAGAAAAAAAAAGAAA